UUAUUAUUAUUGACUUAGUGAUAACACAUAUGACGUAGAAAAGAAAGUGGAAAGGAGAAAACGACCCAAAUCACCUUGAAAAAUCGUCGUCGUGUGUGUACAAGAAGUGGUACGAAAUGGCCCGCGUCGCAGCCGUACGAAUGCUGAAUGCUGUUACAUCCAAAUAUGCGAAUACUAAUUGCAGGACGUUGUCGAUGACUUCGGUUGCGAAGGCCAAAGAAGUCGCUGUCCGAGAUGCACUUAACGCAGCCCUCGAUGAAGAACUCGAACGAGACGAUCGUGUCUUCCUUAUGGGAGAAGAGGUAGCCGUUUAUGAUGGAGCCUACAAAGUAUCCAGAGGCUUGUGGAAAAAGUAUGGAGACAAACGCAUUGUCGAUACCCCCAUAACUGAGAUUGGCUUUACUGGUAUCGCAGUUGGUGCAGCCAUGGCAGGUCUCAGACCUAUUUGCGAGUUUAUGACCUUCAAUUUUGCCAUGCAGUCCAUUGAUCAUAUAUUAAAUUCGGCCGGCAAAAUGUUUUAUAUGUCUGCAGGUAGAGUGAAUGUACCAAUUGUGUUUCGUGGUCCUAAUGGUGCUGCAGCAGGGGUGGCUGCACAACAUUCACAAUGUUAUGGAGCAUGGUAUGCGCACUGCCCAGGUCUUAAAGUGUUAUCUCCUUAUUCAGCGGAAGAUGCAAGGGGUUUAUUGAAAUCUGCAAUCCGCGAUCCCGAUCCAGUUGUUAUUCUUGAAAACGAAAUGUUGUAUGGUGUUAAAUAUCCCCUUUCUGACGAGGCCUUAUCCAAAGAUUUUCUGAUACCAAUUGGCAAGGCUAAAAUUGAACGUGACGGUACUCAUGUGACGAUCGUAUCGCACUCGAAAGGGGUGGAAACGAGUCUCUUGGCCGCGAAGGAACUUCAGGCAAUUGGAAUUGAAGCAGAAGUGAUUAACUUGCGUUCUCUACGUCCUUUAGACUUUGAAGCUAUUAGUAAUUCUGUAAAAAAAACUAAUCAUUUAAUAACAGUAGAACAAGGUUGGCCAAGUCAUGGCGUAGGCGCUGAAAUUUGCGCGCGUGUCAUGGAAAGCGAUACGUUUUUCCAUUUAGAUCAACCGGCGAUCAGGGUCACGGGGGCGGACGUCCCAAUGGCGUAUGCAAAAGCUCUUGAAGAUGCCAGUUUACCAUCUCCUGCCGAUAUUGUCGACGUCGCAAAAAGAAUUUUGUCAACGUGAAUAAUUUUUGGUCAGUCGAACAAUGUACAUAAUAUGCGAUUUCUUUGUAUAACGCUCUAUCUACUAGCAAUAAUUAUUAAGCUCGAAACGCGUGACAUAUCGAAUGUAAUAUACCGGAUGUUCACUUUUAUUUCUAGUAAUCGUCCAAUUUCAAUUGUACAUAUGCAUAAACGGGGAAAAAUUGUGAAUACUCAAUAAAAGAAUUAUAUUGC